AUGAGCUGCCAGGCCUUCGGUGGCGGUGCCGACUCCUUUACCACACUGACCAGCGACUCAGCGGCUUUGCCACUCCUCAUGCACCACCACGCUGGAGCCACGGACUGUCUGCCCGUCACCAGUCACACUACCAACAUGGUGUCGCCAGUUCCCCCGGGUUUGUCCCUGGUCCAGUCCUCCAAACGCUCUCACAUGCACCUGUCCACCUCUGCCCUUGGCAACGCUUCAGCCAGUCUCCACUAUACCGUGCCUCCUUGUCACUAUAGCAACCAGCAGACCACGUAUGGGAUGAUGGCAGGUGGGUUGCCCCCCUGUCUGUACAAGUUUCCAGAGCAUGGUCUGAGCGGAGGUUCAUGCGCACUAAGCCACAGUUUCCCUCCGCUGCCCCAGGCCCUGCUAACAGACGAGCCUACCCUGGGGGACAGCAAGCAGGAGCUGCGCAGGAAGAGCCGCCCCCCAGAGGAACCCCCCGACAUGGACUCACCCCAGAUCCGUGAGCUGGAGAAAUUUGCCAAUGACUUCAAGCUGCGUCGCAUCAAGCUGGGCUACACGCAGACCAACGUGGGAGAGGCUCUGGCAGCCGUACAUGGUUCUGAGUUCAGCCAGACCACUAUCUGUCGCUUCGAGAACCUUCAGCUCAGCUUCAAAAACGCCUGCAAGCUCAAAUCCAUCUUGGCCAAGUGGCUGGAAGAAGCUGAGCAGGCCGGCGCUCUGUUUAAUGAAAAAAUGGGCAUGCACGAGCGCAAACGGAAAAGGAGGACAACCAUAAGCCUGGGAGCUAAGGAGGCCUUGGAGAGGAACUUUAUGGAAAAGAGCAAGCCGUCGUCACAAGAGAUUGUACGCAUGGCAGAGGGACUGCACCUGGAGAAGGAGGUGGUGCGUGUGUGGUUCUGUAACCGCAGGCAGAGGGAAAAACGGGUCAAAACCAGUCUCCACCACAGCUCUUUCCUGACCAAAGAGACCUCAGCCUGUAGAUAG